AUGCCGCCGGACCCCGUGGUAUUGAUGCAGGAGUGGUUGGAGGAGAAGAAGAUCAAGGACGAGGACGCGCUGCUGUCCCUGGACGAGAAGGAGCGCCUCGAGGCAGAGAACAAGACGCUUGCGGCACAGAUCGAGAAGGUGAAGGGGCAGCUGCACGAGGCGUCGAAGAUGGCCGCGGUGAGGCAUGACGAGGAGGAGGAAGAGGAGGACGACGAGCUCGACGAACCUCCACCGGGCUUCGGCGGGGACAUGCCGUCCCGGGGCCGCCAGAGCGUGUCCGCGGAGGCCUACGGCCAAUGGAACGUGAAGAAGGUGCGCAUUGACCUGGGUCAGUAG